UAUGUGCGACUUGACGCUGACGACGAGCCGGAGGGAAAAAAAGCGAAGAAGAAAAAAGAGGCAGAUCUGAGGUUUGAGGAUUUCCACAAAGUUUCCUCCGUCGGGACGUGCGGAGGCCGCGGGGGGUCGACGGGACCCCGAUCCCACCGAAAUAAUGGACGAUUCUCAUUUCAACUCAUCAUACUUUUGGUCUCCUAUCCCAACUGUACAAGGACAGAUUGAGAACGCCAUGUUCCUGAACAAGGCAAAGGAGCAGCUAGGCCUGGAGAAGGCCAAUGCAGCCUCCUUCUCUCAAUCCUCUACGUCGUCCACCUCCUCCCCCCACUACCCUAUGGCUGUGCUCGCCAUCCCCGGCUCAGUGGACUCAGGGGCCGGUGUUCGACUGGUCCCGAAACAGGAAGGAAGUGGGGGCAGCGCAGGGGGAGGUGGCGGAGGGGGGCACCUGCACCAAUCGCAAACCUCCCAAAACGUCACGGUUGUGCCUGUUCCCUCCACGGGCAUCAUGACUGCAGCGGGGUUAGUGAUCACCACCCCCCAAGGCACACUGGUCCCCACUGCCUCCACGCAGUCCUUUGUAGCUGGACCCCACACUGCCACCACCAUGAUAGUGUCUGCAGUGCACCCCUCAAACACAGACAAGAAGCAGGACUUUGCCCUCCCUCCUGCUGUUGUAAUGCCGACACCAUCAAAGCGAGGCAGGAAGAGCAAACAGGUGAUGAGCAGAGUGGCGGGAGUAGGUGGGGUCCUCCCUCCAGGAAGUGAUACAUUAAUACUUGCUCAUCUAGCUGCUGGUGGACAGCACCACACUGCUGAUCCAUACGACCUGUCAAAUGAUGAGGAUGAUCAUACUAGCAAGGAUGGCCCCAAAUCCUACAGGUGUCGGAUGUGUGCAGUGACGUUCUUCAGCAAGUCCGACAUGCAGAUCCACGCCAAGUCCCACACCGAGGCCAAGCCCCACAAGUGCCCCCACUGCUCCAAGUCGUUUGCCAACUCCAGCUACCUGUCCCAGCACAUCCGCAUCCACAGCGGGGCCAAGCCCUACUCCUGCACCUACUGCCAGAAAACAUUCAGGCAGCUCAGUCACCUACAGCAGCACACACGAAACCACACUGAGUCCAAGCCCCACAAGUGUCCCCACUGCUCCAAGUCGUUUGCCAACUCCAGCUACCUGUCCCAGCACAUCCGCAUCCACACUGGGGCCAAGCCCUACUCCUGCUCCUACUGCCAGAAAACAUUCAGGCAGCUCAGUCACCUACAGCAGCACACACGGAUUCACACCGGUGACCGGCCGUACAAGUGUAACCAUCCUGGCUGUGAAAAAGCUUUCACUCAGUUGUCCAACCUACAGUCUCACCGUCGGCAGCACAACAAAGACAAGCCAUUCAAGUGCCACAACUGUAACCGUGGUUACACCGAUGCUGCCAGCCUGGAGGUGCACCUGUCCACACACACUGUCAAACACGCCAAGCUCUUCUCCUGCGGCCUGUGUAACCGAUCCUAUACCUCGGAGACGUAUCUAAUGAAACACAUGAGGAAGCACAACCCCGACCCACUAACAGUGGCAGCAACAGUAGCUGCUCAGCAGGCCCAGGGCCUGACGCCAGGUGGAGGAGGGGGCAGGGGCCGAGGCCGUGGCCGAGGGAGAGGAGGCGGUGCAGGAAGAGUGAGCCAGCUCCAAAGCCAGAACAACCCAAAUAAUAGCAACCAGAACCCUAACGCAGGACCCCAAGGCAGCUACCAGCAAUCCUCGGAAGCUGUGGUUCAGUGUCCGUUUGACCUGCAUCAAUACAAGACAGUGGCAGCCGGUGAGAUCCAGUACAAACCGGUCUCUGUGGCAGACCUGCCAGUGGUCCACAAAGACCUUUGCCUCACUGUCUCCACAUCAGCCAUACAGGUGGAGCACAUGAACUCAUAGGCUGCAUCUUCCCACUCUGAGGAAUUACUUAAUGUGUCUGCAGUGUAAAAUCAAAAAGGUCCAAAUGAACAACUAAUUUGACUCUAUUCAAUAUUGUAGCUUUUUUUAAACAAGGAGAAAAAUGGCUAUGAUUUGGUGGAAUUUGUUAACUAGAUCAUCUGAUUUAUUGAUACUUGUAUAAGGAACCAGUGGAAUCCAUUUGGUUUCACUUCCCUGUGGCUUCGAGUGACAAUUUUUCAAAGGAGUUGCUCACUUAUGGUCAAAGAUUGAAAAUGUCUAAUUUCAUUCAGUCAGUGCCAAUUUUUCCUACAUUUUAAGAAGCUUCAAUGUUGAGUAGAGGAUUAAAUUACUUGGUCAACCACAGAUAUUUUACUAUAUGUUUCCGAUUCCUGAGCCAACAUGGUGCAAAGUUUCUCUCAAUAGAAAUGCUGGUCGAGGAAAGAGAUAUAAGAGGUUUAUUCUUCAGCCUGGAGCCACGUUCCUCCAGUUUGUGAAGACUCCUGAAUCCUCAUCUGAUAUUUUAAGUCUUUUGAUGAUUAUUUAGGAGGAAAUUAAAUCCAGACCUGAGGCAUCUUUAUUCCAAUUUUAACUUAAAUCAACUUGCUCUUUAAAAUGCACUUAAAAUCCUAAACCAGCAGUCCUGCUCUGAGAAUCUUGCUGAAAGCGGCUCACCGGUGUCACAUCUCUUUUUUAUUGCAUUGUUUGCAAUAUGCAUCAUUGGAGGAUUGAGGUGUAAAAUAUCUGUAAAAAGAAAAAUUACAUUGUUCUCUGCACAUUUACAGUCCAGAGAAUGGUGUGGUUGUUUUAUAACACAUUCAGAUCACAUUAAUCUGAACAUUCUCCAGUAUUUUGUUCAAGCCAAAACAAGGGAGGGAAAGAAGAAGGAAUCGGUCUUGAAAACAAUUUUUUUUUUAAUGCAACUGAAACAGUGACGCAGAGCUACUGAAAGAUAAGGGCGUGGUGUGUUCUGGAAUUGGUUUAAAGCCUGAGGCUGAAUCUCAGUGAUCAUUUCACAAAUCAUGUUGUCCUUAUUUACACCCAACCUCCUCAGACAUUGAGGAGCUGAGGAGCCGUUUCCCAAAGUAUUGAACGACCGAGACGAGCGGUUGGAGAAAGCAGUAAAUGUGAGGGAUCGGCAGCAGAGCAAGAUGUAAACACGAGAGGGAGCGAGUGGGUCGCUGGGGUGGGAGGGGUCAAAAGAACGCACUUAGUGAAGUACUUCACGCCUAUGUUUGUCAUCAUUGUACUUUUUUUAAUAUAUCAUGUAUGUAUUUUUCUACCAACAGAGGAACGUGUUAACAAUAGAUGAGAAAGCCACGUGAGUGCAUGAAUGUGAAGGGAACAGGGGAAAGUCUGUACAGAGUGUUUUUGUUCCUUUUUUAUCCAGAGGAAGACAGUUAACUAACCUCCAGAGAGUAGAGACUGCCCAACUCGACAUUGUUGGGGAAAUAAUGAUUGUGUGAUAAAAAUGGCUGACAGGUACUGUUAUCAAUCUUUUUUUAAAGACCUUUUCAUACAUAUUAUUACUACUUUCAUUAUAACUGUAUUGCAAAUAUUAUCCACAUUAUUAUCAAACUGAGGCAUUAUUGUAUUUCAGUAUGCUGUACAUAAAAUAGAUAGAAAAGACUUUUUCAUCUGUAUAAGGGAAGUGUGUCCUGUGUAUUGCAUAUACAGAAACUAAAGGAACUCAAAUGAACAAGUAUCAAAUCAUGGCCGUGUCCCAGGUCACCUUCACACUGACAGAACGUAACUGCUACGCUCAACAAAGUCUGCAAAGAAUGAGAAAGAAAAGUCUUUGGGAAAUUUACAAAAAGAUUGUUAAAUUAGUAGUUUUUUGUCCUUUCUGUAAUGUGUGACUAAAGGAAAAUUUGCUGCACUUUCAAUCACACUCAUCCAUUAAACUUUUCUAGACUUCAACCGAACCUCAAACAUUACAGAGCAGUUGGCAGAGAUGGAGUUGGGGAUAAGAUAAUCCUUUGAAUUUGCCAGAAUAGGGUUCUCACAAAUUGUUUGUUGUUGCUGUAGUUCUGCUGGGAAUUUCUCCAUGAACACUUUAACUUUGUUAAUCUUAAUUAUAAAAAAAAGGCAGUCCUAUUUUGAAACCACAUUUAAUUUCACUCUAUCCAGAUUAUCAUUUGGACCUGCACAAAAUUGCAAGCAUUCAUAAAUAUGAGUCGUAUAAAUAUGACAUAUUUUAUCAUAAAGAUCCGUGAAAUCUCUGAGAAAGCAACAACAUUUUUGAUAUAUCUCAUAAUGUUAAAGAAAGUGCAAAUCAAUUCCAGGACCAGCAUUAACAUUUGGACCUAAACCUCUUCCUUGGUCAUGGCCCAUCCCUCUAAAUUUAAUGGAAAUAGGUUCAGUAUGUUUUUUGCAUAUUCUGCUAACGACGAAACAAGACAAAAACCUGAUCUCCUUGGUGGAGGUAAUGAGGCUGUGACGUUGGCCUGGGACACUGCUGCCAUGUUUUUGUGCUCUACCCAAUCACAAUGCUCUGACGGCCUCUACACAGGGCUGGUGUCUUCACAUAUACUCCUCCCUGUACUUCAUUGUGUCUUUUUAUGAAAAAUAACCCAUUCCCAAUAUUCAUGUUAAUGUUAUUACUGAUUUUCCUGAUAAUAAUACAGUAAUUAACUUCCCUCUUAUGCUACACUCUGGCAUACUGUAUGCACAGUUACACCUCCUGCUCAUCUGAACAGACUGUUUCUUCCCUUAAGGAGAAUAAAGUUAAAAAAAACAGUUUAUGAAGAAA